UUAAUAGAAUAAACAAAAGCAAACGGCUUUCCCUCUUCUCCGUCGCUGAGUUCACACAACGCCACCGUCUUCUACUCUUAUCCCCAGUUUUCCUCCUCCUCCUCCUCCUCCUCCCAUGGCGGCCGCCACCACCACCCUCACCCUCCCUUCUCUCUCUUCUUCUUCUUCUUCUUCAUUUCUCUCUCCUCCCAACCCCUCCGUUCAAACCCCUCUCUCUCUGUCUUCUAAAACCCUCCCUAAAUCCUACUUCCCCUAUUCUCACUCCCACUCCUUCUCCCUUUCCAAUCCCCCUAAACCCCUCCUCCUCGCCGCCGCGGCCAAAAGCCCCAUCUCCGAGUUCUUCUCCGGCGACUAUUUAGACGACAAGCCUCGUGAGGAGUGCGGCGUUGUCGGAAUCUAUGGCGACCCCGAGGCUUCUCGCCUCUGCUAUUUGGCUCUCCAUGCGCUCCAACAUCGCGGUCAAGAAGGCGCUGGAAUCGUCUCUGUUAACGAAAACGUUCUCCAGUCCGUCACCGGCGUUGGCCUCGUCUCUGAGGUGUUCAGUGAAGCCAAACUUGAUCAAUUGCCUGGCGAUUCUGCUAUUGGACAUGUUCGUUACUCCACUGCUGGAUCUUCUAUGCUUAAGAAUGUUCAGCCCUUUGUUGCUGGUUACCGAUUUGGCUCCGUUGGGGUUGCUCAUAAUGGUAAUUUGGUUAAUUAUCGUUCUCUUAGAGCUAAGCUUGAAGAUACUGGUUCCAUUUUCAAUACUAGUUCUGAUACUGAAGUUGUUCUUCACCUUAUUGCGAUUUCUAAGCAUAGACCUUUCUUGUUGAGGAUUGUUGAUGCUUGUGAACAGCUUGAAGGGGCUUAUUCUAUGGUUUUCAUUACAGAAGAUAAAUUGGUAGCUGUUCGUGAUCCUUUUGGUUUUAGGCCUUUGGUUAUGGGUAGGAGGAGUAAUGGGGCUGUUGUGUUUGCUUCUGAAACUUGUGCUCUUGAUUUAAUUGAAGCUACAUAUGAGAGAGAAGUGUUCCCUGGGGAAGUUGUGGUGGUUGAUAAAAAUGGUAUUCAGUCCCUUUGUUUAAUGGCUCAUCCACAGCCUAAAUCUUGCAUAUUUGAACACAUAUACUUUGCUCUCCCGAACUCCGUUGUUUAUGGUCGUUCUGUCUACGAAUCCCGCCGAAUAUUCGGGGAGAUACUUGCCACCGAAGCCCCUGUUGAUUGUGAUGUUGUGAUAGCUGUUCCAGAUUCAGGAGUAGUGGCUGCACUUGGCUAUGCAGCCAAAGCUGGGGUGGCCUUCCAACAAGGCCUCAUAAGGUCACACUAUGUGGGGAGGACAUUCAUCGAGCCAUCGCAGAAGAUUCGUGACUUUGGCGUGAAGCUGAAGCUAUCGCCGGUUCGAGCAGUGUUGGAAGGGAAGAGAGUAGUGGUUGUUGAUGACUCAAUUGUUAGAGGCACCACAUCUUCAAAGAUUGUGAGAUUGUUAAAGGAAGCAGGGGCAAAAGAAGUGCAUAUGAGGAUAGCCUGCCCUCCAAUUAUAGGAUCAUGUUACUAUGGAGUUGAUACACCAAGCUCUGAAGAACUGAUAUCCAACAGGAUGAGUGUGGAGGAAAUAAGGGAGUUUAUAGGGUCUGAUUCACUUGCUUUUCUGCCAUUUGAUAGCUUGAAGAAGCUUUUGGGCAGUGAAUCUCCAAACUAUUGCUAUGCAUGCUUUUCAGGCAACUACCCAGUUGAGCCAAGAGAGAUCAAAGUGAAAAGGGUAGGAGAUUUCGUUGAUGAUGGCUUGAAUGGGAGCUUGGAAUCCAUUGAUGGAGGAUGGGUUCAAGCCAAUAGAAACCAGAAUCUUGAUAAUCAUCCCACAGUGGAGAAAGUUGGGGGUAUCUGAUCUUUACUUCUAAACUAAACUCAUCUUGCUUUUGUUUGUCUUUCUUAUGUCCGUCACCAUUUUAGAAUUAUAGAAGUGAUUACUGAUGGGAAUGCAUAAUUUAUAGUAAUAAGUUAUGUAAUGAUUAAUGGGCGCUGCAAAAAGGACCUUGUUGCUUAUGCUGAUUGUGCAUUCUUUGUUGCUUUAAAUGUCACUUCGAAUGUCGUUUGGUCUGACGGUUGUUUGUUAUAGAAUAAGUCGAAUGUUCUGGGUAUACUCCGA